UCGUCGCUGUUACCUAAGUGGUACAGUCAGCUGACUUCAUACACAGAUCAGUCUGCUUUCUGCUUUCUGCAGCUGGAGCUGGACUUUGUAUCUGAACAACUGAUUCCCCGUAAACGUUAAGUAGUAAAACAAAUCAUGACUAAAUACGAGAAUGUUGCUGUUCACGGCUACGAGGAAUUUUGUAAAGCUGUGUCUGAAAGAAAAGGAAAAGACAUAUUCGCUUACUUCUCUGGAGAUAAAGACGACCAGGGCAAGAGCUGGUGUCCUGACUGUGUGAAAGCAGAGCCAGUGGUCCGAGGAGAGCUGUCUCAUUUGCCAGAGGGAUCUGUUUUCAUUUACUGCCAAGUAGGAGACAGACCUUACUGGAAGGACCCAAAUAAUGACUUUAAGAAGAAUCUGAAGCUGACUGGAGUACCUACACUGCUGCGCUAUGGCACGCCUCAGAAGCUGGUUGAAGAGGAGUGUUUCAAAACAGACCUGGUUCGAAUGUUGUUCACAGAGGAUUAAUGUCCUGUCACGUGCUGCUGGAUGACAACCACAACAUUUCAUUUGAAUGAUGACACAGUUUUUCCGCUAUUAUUUUUGUCAUUUGCAAUCUGUGCUUCUGCUCUGCAGUGUUCAGCAAAACAAAUUGUGACCUGGAAUUAUGCUGUGGUGAUUGUACAAGUCUGGAAAGCAUUCAUGUAAAUGAAACGGUGUAUGCACAGAAGGUUUAAUUUGUAACAUAAUCAGACAUUUCAAGUGAUUAUCAAAAAAGGGACUCUGAUCGCUCUUUCAAGUUAAGUAUAAUAAAGAGAUACACUACCAGUCAAAAGUUUUUGAACAGUAAGAUUUUUAAUGUUUUUUUUUAAAGAAGUCUCUUCUGCUCACCAAGCCUGCAUUUAUUUGAUACAAAGUACAGCAAAAAUGGAAAGAUUUUGAAAUAUUUUUACUAUUUAAAAUAAUUGUUUUCUAUUUAAAUAUAUAUUUUAAAAUGUAAUUUAUUCCUGUGAUCAAAGGUAAAUUUUCAACAUCAUUACUCCACUCUUUAGCGUGACAUGAUUUUGCAGAAAUCAUUCUAAUAUUCUGAUUUGCUCUUCAAGAAACAUUUUUUAAAAUUAUUAUUAUUAUCAAUAUUUAAACAGUGGACUGCAUUUUUUUUUUCAGGAUUCUUUGAUGAAUAGAAAGAUCUGAAGAUCAGCAUUUAUCUGAAAUAAAAAAGCUUUUGUAAAAUUAUACAUUAUACGGUUCACAAGCUUGGAGUCACUAUAAUUUUUGGGGGGAAUUAAAUUAUAGAAAUUAAUACUUUUAUUUAGCAAGGGCGCUUUAAAUUGAUCAAAAGUGAUGAUGAAGACGUUUAUGAUGUUACAGAACAUUUCAGCUUCAGAUAAAUGCUGUUAUUCUGAACUUUCUAUUAAUCAAAGAAACCUGAAAAAAUUCUACUCAGCUGUUUUCAACAUAAUAAUAAUAAUAAAUGUUUUUUUAAGCAGCAAAUCAGAAUAUCAGAAUGAUGUCUGAAGGAUUGCGUGACUGGAGUGAUGAUGCUAAAAAUUCAGCUUUGAAAUUACAGGAAUAAAUUACAUUUUAAAAUAUAUUUGAAUAUAUUUGAAAAAGGUUAUUUUAAAUAGUAAAAAUAUUUCAAAAUUGUACUGUUUUGCUGUACUUUGGUUCAAAUAAAUGCAGGUUUUGAAAGAGACUCCUUUAAAACAUUAAAAAUCUUACUGCUCAAACACGUUUGACUGACAGUGUAAAAUAAAAAUAAAAAUAGGCAUAACUUACCAUCAAGUUGUUCCAAACCUGUAUGAGUUUCUUUCAGCUGUUGAACACAAAAGAAGAUAUUUUGAAGAAUGUUGUUAACCAAACAGUUGACGGUAGCCAUUGACUUCUAGUGUGAAAAAACAACAAAAGACUUCUUAUGUGUUCAGCAAAAGAAAAAACUCUUGAAGGUGAGUAAAUGAUGACACAAAAUCUUCAAUUUGAUUGAACUAUCCCUUUAACACUAAACAUGUGAAUCAAUUAAAAUACAGUAAACAUACAUAACGAAAAUUGUUCAUGAUCCUAACCUAUGAGAUAUGAUUAUGGCUGUUGCUACUUUGACUUUAUAUUCAGAACAAAAUUAAAAUGUUUUGAAAAAC